AGGAGAGACAGCAUGCCAGAGCUCGGCUGCAUCUCUCUCACCGACACUGAGCAUCGGCAUCGUUUGACAGCAUUUGAGGGCAAAUCUGCUCUCAACUCGUCCUACUCUGCACCGCCGACAAGGGAAACAACAAUGGACUGACGGAACACAAGCGCUGAGCGAAAGAGACGGAGGGAGAGAGAGAGCGGGAGAGAGAAACGCCGCCUUGUUUUUGAAGCAUGCACAUAUUUUCUGGGCAUAAGCUCCUCGGGUUCAUAUUUGCAGAGCGGGACGGAUCGAGUGACCACAACGCCUUUGAAAAAGGAGAUGCCACAGCAAAGCAGUUAUAACAGGAGGAUGCUUCGCCGCCAGCGGUUAUUGCAGUGCAUCUCCUGUAAGAUGGACGAGACAUAUUGGGGCUAAGGAACUGGCGACUUAUCACGUUGCGGAGGAGAGAUGUUUUGCAACUGCCGUAGGCUGUUCAAGAGGAUGAAUGCCUUCCCUGGCGUCAUCUCUCGGUUGUAAUAUGUAGCUCAAACGACGGCAGAGCGUGUGCAGCUGUUUCCCGGGGCAGUGAAGCCCAUACAAAGCAUCGCUCAACCUUUCCCACCUUGAACUUCCAUGUGACGGAUGUGAUGCCCCGCUACCAAGUGAGCGCAGCCUCCUGAGCUGUCCGUGGUGCUGAACGGAUCCGUCAGCUGCCCGGGUCUCCACGAGUUGACCUUCUCUCCCGGGGCAAAAAAAAGCAUCCACCUGCAAUACACAGUAAGGUGGUAAAGCAGGCCACCGCACAUGGACAGCUGCUGGGCUUGACUGUGUCAGCCAGACAAUAUUCUCUUUCAUGGCUGUGGCACGCAAAAUCAAAACUUUGCUGACCGUCAACAUUCUGGUGUUUGUGGGGAUUAUCUUGUUUUCGGUCUACUGCAGGAUCCAAGACCGAUCCGAGGAACUCAUCCAGAUAGGGCGUAUUUCUGACCAGAGGCUGCGAGCCAGAAAUGGCAAAGUUUCCAACUUGGUGGAUAGACAGUCUAUUCUCCAGAGGUUGGAGAGGCUGGAGGAUGUGGUCUACAAUCAGUUAAACGGUCUGGCGAAGCCCAUGGGGCUGGUGGAGGGACCUGGAGGCCUUGGUCAGGGGGGAGCUGCUGCCACUCUGGGAGAGGACAGUCGUGAUGCCGAGGGGAAGUACGAGGAAUAUGGCUAUAAUGCUCAGCUCAGUGACCGCAUUUCUCUGGACAGGAGCAUCCCAGAUUACAGGCCUAAAAAGUGUAAACUGCUGACGUACCCAGAGGACCUUCCCCAGAUCUCUGUGGUCUUCAUCUUUGUGAAUGAGGCUCUGUCAGUUAUCCUGCGCUCCGUCCACAGUGUGGUUAACCACACACCAGCACACCUGCUCAAGGAGAUCAUCCUGGUGGACGACAACAGUGACAGCGUGGAGCUGAAAUUCAACUUGGACCAGUAUGUGAACAAACGCUACCCAGGCCUGGUAAAGAUUGUGAGGAACAGCAAGCGGGAGGGCCUGAUCCGAGCCAGAAUACAUGGCUGGAACGCGGCUACAGCUGCUGUCGUCGGCUUCUUUGAUGCCCAUGUCGAGUUCAACACUGGCUGGGCUGAACCCAUUCUGACCCGGAUUAAGGAGGAUCACACCCGUAUCAUUCUGCCCGCCAUAGACAACAUCAAGUACAACACGUUUGAGGUGCAGCAGUAUGCCAACGCCGCCCAUGGGUACAACUGGGGGCUGUGGUGUAUGUACAUCAUCCCUCCGCAGGAGUGGCUGGACAAGGGCGAUGAGACAGCCCCUAUCAGAACUCCAGCUAUGAUUGGCUGCUCCUUUGUGGUAGAUCGGGAAUACUUUGGUGAGAUUGGUCUGCUGGAUCCUGGCAUGGAGGUCUAUGGAGGCGAGAACAUUGAGCUUGGCAUGAGGGUGUGGCAGUGUGGUGGGAGUAUGGAAGUCCUGCCAUGUGCCAGAGUGGCUCACAUCGAGCGCACCAAGAAACCCUACAACAAUGACAUAGAUUACUACGCUAAGCGCAAUGCCCUGCGGGCUGCUGAGGUGUGGAUGGAUGAAUACAAAUCCCACGUCUACAUGGCCUGGAACAUUCCCAUGAAUAACCCAGGGGUUGAUUUUGGGGAUGUCUCUGAGCGUUUGGCCUUAAGGAAGAGACUCCAGUGUCGGAAUUUCCGCUGGUACCUUGAACACGUCUACCCAGAGAUGCGGAUCUACAACAACACCAUCACAUAUGGCGAGGUGAGGAACAGCAAGGCUAGCGGCUACUGCCUGGACCAGGGCUCAGAGGAUGACGACAAAGCCAUCCUCUACCCCUGCCAUGGCAUGUCCUCCCAGCUCGCCCGCUACUCUACCGAGGGGCUUCUUCAGCUGGGACCCCUGGGGUCGACCACCUUCCUGCCUGACACUAAAUGCCUUGUUGAUGAUGGCAGAGGACGUACUCCCAGUCUGAAAAAAUGUGAUGCUGUUUCGAGGAUUUCGCAGAGGCUUUGGGAUUUCACACAGAAUGGUCCAAUCAUCAGCAGGGACACUGGUCGAUGUUUGGAGGUAGAAAUGUCCAAAGAUGCCAACUUCGGCCUUCGUCUGGUGGUGCAGCGAUGCUCCGGUCAGAAGUGGAUGAUACGAAACUGGAUUAAGCAUCCCAGGCACUGAAGCCAGAGAACAACCUCCGAGACAGAGUGGGCAGUGUUUCAAGUCACAGCUGGAUCUCAAACUGUGGACAGCGAAGAGAGGAGCAGGGACUGGUGGUGCUAGUGUGUGGUAUUUCGCACUGCAGACUGCACUGUACACUGAGCUUUCUUCAGUCCACAGAGCUUUCCAACACUGAGUCUUAAAGAAGAAUAUGAUCAAUUCAUGUGUUCCACUGAGCUGUGCGUUCACAGAGACAUUACAGCAAGCUGCACUGUUUGAAAUGGCCCACAUUUCUGACAUUCAGCUACAUGUAUAGAACAGAGUAACAAGACACCUCAGUGCAGCCCCUGAAGGUGGUUCAAAAUCCUAGUAAUUCUUUUGUUUCUACUGUAAAACUAUCAGAUCUUUGGAGAUGAGAAAGAGAGAAUGUGUGUGUUUUGUUUUUGUUUUUUGAGUGCGUCCGAGCAAUUCAAAAGAUAUAAUUGCGGUCACUUGCCACAUCAAAGUGAUUAUUUUGGGCUGUGAUUUGGAAAAUUGCGUCAGACAUAUUGUGCUGCCCUGGCAAGACAUGUAAUAGGCUUCAAAGGGGCUGCCCAUCAUCUGAUCGGGAGGCAUUUCACCUGCACUCACACAAACCACUUCAGUACUUUGUUUUCUUUGGACUGUAUUGCUCACUGUGGACAAGGAGCAAUCAUGUGCCUUUUUUGCUCAUUUUUCUGCUUCAUCUGACCAGGGAAUGUCAGUCCCAAAAGCAUGUACAAAAUUAUUUGAAAGUUAUUAAUAUAUAAAACAAUGUAUAAAACAGUCUAAUGAUAGUAAUAUAUUGUAAAAAG